CUCUAUAGACUAAAGAAAAAGUUCUCCACUGCUGAUUGCUGCUAUCUUGAAGCAUCUCAUUGAGAAGCUUUGAGAUCUCGACCUCGCGUUAAGACGAAAUAUGGCGAGUUCUUUGCACGGGUUUGAUAGCCACGGUGAUAAUUGGCAAACAACCAAGAGGUCUAUUCGAGAACGAUGCCAGUUUAUGUUCAACAAUAAGCUCUUAAGCGAUAUUACUUUUGUCAUUGGGAAAAACGGAGAAAAGAAAAGGAUUUGGGCUCAUAAAUUGUUGCUGGCUAUCAGCAGUCCAGUACUUCAUGCCAUGUUCUAUGGUUCUAUGGCAGAACAAGGUCUAGAAGUGGAACUAUCCGACUGUGAAUACGAGACAUUUUUAGAACUCUUAAGCUACAUAUACUUUGACGAAGUAGAAAUUAACGAAUCAAAUGUUCUUGGUAUUCUAUAUCUUGCAAAGAAGUACAUAUUACCGUUCCUUGCGGAGAAAUGCUUAGACUUUUUAGAGCAAAAUAUUGACAAUCAAAACGCUUUCACCCUUCUGUCACAAGCCCGACAUUACAAUGAAGAAAAUCUCGAAGAAAAGUGUUGGGAAAUAAUCGAGCGCGAAACAGCUCAGGCGAUUUCUUCGGAUGAUUUUUUGGAGAUCAAUCAUGGUGUGAUUACGGCUUUGCUUUCUAGAGAAACUCUAACAGUAGAGGAGGUGGAUUUAUUCAAGGCGGUAAAGAAAUGGUCAGAAAAGGAAUGCAUACGAAUGAAUCUACCUCCUCUUCCUGAAAAUAUCCGAAAGGUCCUCUCAGUAGCGCUGUACCUGGUUCGCUUUCCAGUAAUGACACUGGAGGAGUUUGCAUCCGAUGCUGCCGUGUCGGGCAUUCUCACGCAGGAUGAAACAAUUGCUGUAUUUCUUUAUCACGGAUCCAAAGGCACAAAAAAGAUUGCCAAAUUUCCCUGCGAACCAAGAAGAGGAAUACAUAAGGUCUACAGAUGCAGAAGAUUUCGUUCUCACUGCUCCGACUGGCAAUGCGAUGGAACUAAUGUUGACAGCAUUCGAUUUUCUGUAGACAGUGACAUUCUAGUAACUGGUGUUGGUCUUUAUGGGAUUUCCAAGCCCGAUGAUACCGAUGUACCAUUCAACGUUGAUGUCGAGUUAUUAGACUCUCAUAAUGAUUCCCUGGCUACAUAUGAAGGAACUUAUUUCGUUGAUGGUUCAAAUGAUAUUCACGACGUUCAUUUUGAGAUGCCAGUUGCCAUUGAGGCACAUGAGUCGUAUAUCAUACGUGCACUUAUCAAAGGUCCUCUCUCCCUUAGAGGUAACGAGGGAAUGAGAGAGCUUCGUUGCGAACGAUCAGGCGUUCGGUUUUGGUUUGAUGUCGACGAAGCAAGUUUUAAUGGGACUACAACAUGUGACGGGCAAAUCCCGGAAAUAAUUUUCAAAAUUCCGUAUAAAAAUGAAUGAACUAUGUUUUUAGUUGAAUCAACUUAUU